UUUCAGACCACUUCGAAUACAGCAGCGGAUCCGUAUUCACAUCUGUCUCUUCCUCUCUCUAAUCUUGACGGCGUUCUCUCAUUUUCUUUGGGACAUUCUUAUUUUCUAUAAUCAGUUCCGAAAUAAAGGUGGAAAUUCGAACCUCUCCAGAAACACGGUUGGCUGCCGGUUCCUGUACUUCAUAACACGAUACUGCCGUAACACCAACUUCAGCUGCAUGUUCAUCGAAGGAUUUUACCUCUACCGUCUACUUACUGCUACUUUUAAACAACCAAAACGUUUAAUAGGAUACUACUUGUUCGUAUGGGUUUUCCCGUUGCUACCAGCGUUAAUUUAUGCCACAAUUCGCGGAACAAUGUUCAACAAACUAUGCUGGUCAAAUGAUAUUGGACGUUAUGAGUGGAUCUUGUACACACCAAAUCUUCUUUGCCUUAUCGGCAAUCUCAUUUUCUUUAUCUACAUUCUGAUGGUAUUGAUCACUCAACUUCAAACACAUCCAAACGAGCCAAGCAGUUACAGGCGAGCUUUGAAAGCCACUUUUGUGUUGAUUCCUCUCUUUGGUCUCCAGCUUGUAUUUAUCAUCAACAGACCUGAUAGUACUUCCUCAUAUGUCUAUACAUACGAGAAUAUAUCAGAGAUUAUCAUUAAAUCACAGGGAGCAUUUGUAGCCCUAAUUUUCUGCUUUCUCAAUGGCGAGGUCCACACCUACAUCAAAAACACAUGUCAGCGAUUGAAAGACUCCUCGCUCCGUCAACACGAUGCCAAUUAUUCAUUUACAACUCAAUUCACUACAGACAACAUGUCGUCACUUCCUCAAUCCGGAAUGAAACGUAACAAAGCACCUGCCGCAUCCACGAAAAAGAAAAGCAAUAACCAAACUAUCUACCAUUGAGCACCAUUCCUAAUCCUGUUUCGGGUGGCCAUGAAUACAACUAACCCUAUUUGUUUCGAUCUGCUGGUGACUUUCAAAAAUAUAUUC